ACUGUGGCCUGGCUCCACUGCCUGAGGCCCAACUUCCGUUGGACGCUUCCGCCAUUGGCCGCCUACCCUCCCGGUCGUGGGGCCUCCUCUGUGGUCCCUUCCGUGACUGCCUCGGUCCAUCUCAUUUCCCUCAGCCUCCUCUCAGGGCAGCCACUUCGGGUGCCACCACCUGCACCAUUGCCAUCGUCCCCCGCCCGGCUGAGGUAACUGCCAGCUGCCAUGUCUACCACGGGGGAUGGAGAUCUGGCUCCUGGCGGGCAGGAAGGCCCAGCAGGAGCGGCAGGGGCCCAGGCCAGAGCCCGUGACGGUGUGGACCGCAACUCUGAGCCUCGCAGGGGUGACUCCAUGCCUGAGGCUGAGGCGGGUGGAGUUGUGGGGGCCUCAGGAGGCCCGAGGGAGGCGGCCCUGGAGGGCGGGAACGCUGAGGAAGACUCCGACCUCAGGCCGGCUGAGGAGAGGGAGGUGGAGGAGCAGGCGGAGGGCGUGAACCGCAUGGUGGUCUCGCGCCACGUCCCCAUGAGUGGCUUCCGCUUAACGGUCCUAAAUCUGCUGCACUCGAUGGGGAACUGUUUGUCCAACAACCACGUGAUACCUCUACCAAAUGACGACCACGUGUUGGUCUGGCACCAGACCAGGCAGCACUUGUCCGACCACGGCUCAGCCGCCGUGGCCGGGUUAUCCGAGGUCCAGGUGCCAUCGGAUGAAUCGGGGGAGGGGCUGGCUGAGGAAGCCCCGGACCAGGGGGCGCAGCAGGCGGAGGAAGCCCAGGAGGUGGAGGAAGCCGAGGAGGCCUCUUUAUUGGAGACGGCCACCAAGGAGUCUGAGGAGCCCAGCUUGCGGGAGAUGCCACAGGAGCCUGUCGCCCCUGAGAAAACAGCUGAAUGCCAGGAUGAGAACUCCAAAGAAGAGGCGCAGGGCAGCAAAAGUGAGGGGAAAGAAAAGAAGUAUAACAGAAAACAAGAAGAACCAGAAAAGGAUCUGGACCCAGCAAAGGACAGGCCCAGAAAGCCCAGGUAUCUGUGUAUAGCUUUGAAAAUAACCCAGCUAUUCCCAGGCAUUUACCAAUUUUGUUUUUGCUUUUUAAUUCUCGGAGUAAAUUAAGAAAACGUUUGUUUGAAAUUAGUUCAACAACUCAAAUUUACCUAAUGUUUAUAGAACAUUUCUGCACCCAGUAAUAUAAAGAGCAUGAAGUGAAAUAUACUUCAUGGCUUCUCAUUUGUUCUUAUGAGGUCUUUGGUCCUCUAUCUGUAAGACUACCAACAAGUUGUAAAUGUGUCAGUACCUAAGACCAGUAUUUCUUUAGAAAACAGUGACGAAAAGCAGCAGCAACUGGGCUGUGCACUAGUUUGGCCUUCAUUUCUUGACCACAGAAGUGCAGUCUCCUGCACUAAGAGAAGACAGCUUCUAGAACGUAACUACUUACGAAUAGCAAACAGUUCAGAAUUUCAAGUAGGAUGACAUUUAGUGAUUAAUAGUGAAAUAUUUGUUCGGUUGUAGAUGUGUGUAUUUUAUGUGACAGUCAAAAGAAACAGUCAUAGGAUGACUGUUGUUUAUCACUGAGUUGGUAGUGAAGGUAUAUAUCUUGUCUUUAAUGAUUAACAUUUUCUCCCUUGUUUGCAUAAUGGUGUGUUUCAUAACAACAGCCUCUUUCUCAUACGGUAGAUAUGGAAACUGAGGGUCUGGGAGGGUAAGGGAGUAUCAUCUGUGGAGUGAGCACAGGAUUUUAAGGUAGAAAGAGUGAUUUUAGUCCCAGACUAUCCUCUCAAAGGAAGGGGGAUAAAAAAAGCAUUUAUGGUGUUGGGCAAGAGGGAGACAAGGUAGGUAGGAUCACAUGAUUGAAGCCAUCGGGUUGUACAUGCACCCAGUAUCCAGGGUGAAUUUUACAAGAGGAAAAUGUGUUUUUCUUCUCUCCUUGUUGAGAUACAACCCUCAGAUGCAGCAGAUAUACAUAAUGCUGACUGUUUUCUUAGAUUUAGAAAGUUUCUGGUGCUGACUGAUGCUGUAUAACUGUUCAUUUUCUCUCAUUUCUUCCUGCAGUUUGGAAGACU